AUGGCCUCACUGGAUUGUAAGCUGUGUCUUCCAUCAUCUGAACCCUGGGACAGUAGUUUAGGAGUUACAAACUAUCCCCGCAAAUCUAAGAAGAAGGCUCCAAGAGAAGAACAGACACCAGUGUGCAUUGUUCAGAACUGCAAAGAUGAAUAUUUGAUUGUCCAAAGGCCCAAAACAGGUCUGCUGGCAGGUCUGUGGGAGUUCCCAAGCGCAACCCCUCUUGGGGUAGAAUGUGACCAGACUGAGGCUGUCCGACACUUACAGCAACAUUUACACUCAAAACUCCAUAUUGGAGGGAAAGAUAAAAACAACUUAGCAUAUGUUGGAGAAGUUAAACAUUUAUUUUCCCACAUCAGCCAGACCUAUGUGGUGUACCAGCUGACCCAAGUGGACAGUGUGUUAGGUGAGCUAGGUGGCCAGUGUGGUGACCAGUGUGCUAGGUGGGUUGACAGAGACCAGUUGAUGGAGGCUGCAAUAUCUACUGCAAUGAAAAAGGUAUUCAAGACAUAUGAAGCCAGUCUAAGUAAACAGAGUGAUGGAGAGAAAAAUUGCAAGGUCAAUAAAAGGAAAAGAAAUGCAUCAGGGUCUUGGUCAAGAAAAGAUGGAAAGAAACAAAUGGCAAUAGAGGCUUUCUUCCAACCAAAACCCAAGUGAAGGUAGUAAAAAUCAUGAAAAAUGAGGUCAAUGAAGACUAAACAGGGGGUUUCUUCACAGUGCUUUGUGGGCAUUCCACAGAAAAUGAAGAUAAAUUUGAUUGAACUGAGUCUGAUUGGCAUCAGCAUAUAUAUCAUCUAUAAGACUUGUUCUUUGUGUAUCAAGAAAAUUGCCAACAUUUCUUGGUAUCAUGCCAUUCAGUGCAACUCUGUAAAGAUUAUGUCAGAUACUUGCCUAUACAUGUAUCUAGCAAAGUAGUCGUCCAAAUGAUUGUAUUUGUGAUUAGACUGUUUUCAGUCUUCAUAUAUUAGAUGUGCAAAUUACUGUUAUAUGAUUAGAAAUUUGGUAAAAAAAAAAAACAAUGCAUUUUAUUUUACUUGCUUUAAAAAAAAGCAAACAUUUUAUGCAAAUUCUAUUUUGCAUGGCAAUCCCUGUUAUGAAAUCCUGUAAUUUUUUAGUCUAUACACCAUUUUUUCUCCUCGUGCCAUUCUGCUUUAGUCAUGGUACUUGUCUUGAAAAACAUUCCUGCAUAGUAAUAUACUAAAGUCAUUAUUCGUUGACAAAAUUUCAGACAACAAUUACUAUUUCAAUUAACUGUGAGAACGGACAAUACAAUAUAGUAAUGUGUGCCUGUCAUGAAAAUCUUCAGCAUGUUGUCCUGUCCCUCCAUGGGACCCAAGCACCUGCACAGGCACCUGCUAAGAUUAAUGCGACACAGGGGCAAGAAUGCAGCUUUGUUUCUAUUAUUAGAAUACCUGAGGGUUAAUAAACUACAAUUGAUCUGUAACAUA